AUGCUUGUGGCACCAAUUGGGUGGUCCUCCAAAACGUUUCCCUUUGAAAGACGGGGAGAUUCGUCUGUUGGAGCAGCAACAGCCGAGCCCUUGAAGUACAGACUCAGGAAAAUUCUCGUUGCUGCAAGCUCCCAAUUACGUUUCGUUGUCCUAUGUCUGGGGAGACACAGUCUCGAAGAAACCGUCUACGUGGAAGGCGUCCACACCACUGUCACGGACAACGUAUCCCGCGCCCUGCACGGCUUAAGAAGACGUAAUGCAUGUGUGGUACUCUGGACGGAUGCGCCGUGCAUCAGCCAGAAAGAUCAUAGGGAGCGAUACCAUCAAGUCAGCAUCAUGGGAUAUAUUUUUCACUUGGCUUCUAGCAGUGUCAUUUUUCUCAGAGAGGGAUGGGAGUGCUUGGGCAUUGCUUGCGAAUAUCUCGACCUUGCCGCUCAGCAAAGCGAUGGUUACUUGCGCCCUUCACUUGAGCCACAUCUAGAAGUUAGUAGUAUCCGAUCCCCGUCCCUGAAUGUCAUGCUAAGGGGCUUGCAUGUGGAACUAGAGUGA